AUGAUCGUCAAUCGCUGGGCUCAAUUGCUCCUCCCUGUGGGCGUUGCACUCGCCGAUCCCAUCCUUCCGAGACAAUAUGGUACAAAUGACUUCCAGUCAAGCUGCGCGUCCAUCGCCUCGAAGCUUGCACUCGAGAACGCAACGGUCUAUUUCUCGCAGUUUGUUGCUGCUGGGCAAAACCUAUCCAUACCCGAUAGGAAUGCAACGUGCGGUGCUCCGUACCAGGCGGUGUCUGUAGACUUGUGUCGCAUCGCGCUAUAUGUAUCUACCUCAAACAGCUCGGGUAUCAAUAUGGAAGCGUGGUUGCCUUCAAACUUCAGCGGUCGCUUCCUCUCGACUGGAAAUGGAGGCCUGGCGGGAUGUAUCGGAUACCCGGAUAUGGCCUACACCACAAGCUUAGGCUUUGCAUCCGUUGGUGCGAACAACGGACACAAUGGCACAAGUGGCGGUGCUUUCUACAACCAGCCGGAAGUGGUAGCAGAUUUUGCUUAUCGCUCGAUUCAUACCAAUGUUGUAGUGGGCAAGGAAAUCACAAAGCAAUUCUACGGUUCACCACACAAGAAAUCGUACUAUCUCGGAUGCUCAACAGGCGGACGACAAGGCUUCAAAUCAGCCCAGGAUUUCCCCGAGGACUUUGAUGGAAUUGUUGCAGGAGCCCCAGCUCUCGCCUUUAACAACCUGACCUCUUGGAGCGGACAUUUCUACAACGUGACUGGUCCGCCUGAUUCCGCGACAUUCGUGCCCACCGCGAUGUGGACCGUGGUCCACGAGGACAUCAUGAAGCAGUGCGAUCUGCUCGAUGGCUACGCAGACGGCAUUUUGGAAGACGCCUCGAUCUGCAACUACAACGCAUCCAGCCUUCUUUGCGGCAGCAAUAGCACGAACUCCUCAUCCUGCCUGACUCCCAUCCAAGUCAACACCGUCCAGAAAGUGUUCUCCCCUCUCACCCUAUCCGACGGGUCCCUCGUCUACCCCCGCAUGCAGCCCGGCUCCGAAGCCGUCGCCGCCUUCGCAGUCUACAACGGCCAACCCUUCAUCUACAACGUCGAAUUCUUCAAAUACGCAAUCUACAACGACCCCGCGUGGAACCCCCUCACCAUCAACGACACCGAUUACAUCAACGCAGCCAUCAAGAACCCCUCCGACAUCAACACCUGGAAGGGCGACUUGUCCGCCGUGCAAGCCCGCGGCGCGAAAAUUUUGCACUACCACGGCCAGAUGGACGGCAUUAUAACGUCGGAGAACUCACCCAGGUACUACGAGCACGUGUCCUCGACAAUGGGCAAGACGCCCGCCGAGCUCGACGAGUUCUACCGCUUUUUCCGCAUCUCGGGCACAGCGCAUUGCACCGGCGGUGACGGUGCGAGCGUCAUCGGGCAGCAGCUUGAGUCGUAUCAGAGCUUGGAUCCGAGCGAGAAUGUGCUUAUGGCUGUGGUGGAGUGGGUUGAGAACGGGAAUGCGCCGGAGACGAUCACGGGGACGCACUGGGUUAAUGGGACGAAGAGUGCGGGCGUGGAUUAUAAGAGGGCGCAUUGCAAGUAUCCUAAGAGGAAUGUGUAUAAGGGGGUGGGCGAUCCGAAGGCGGUUGAGAGUUGGGAAUGUGUGGAGGAGUAG